UUCACAGGGGCGACGCACCGAGCCGCACAACGCUGCUUUUUUUACGAGUUCGACGCUGCUAAAAGUUGACAAGUUCAAGCAUGCAGUACGAAUCGGGAAUAGUUCCCGACUUUGAGGAUGGAGAGGACUUACAAGAGGAACCCAAAACCUAUUACGAGCUGAAGAGUCAACCCUUAAAAAGCAGCAGUCCGUCGGAGCAGCGUGGCUCCUCCAAGCCUCCGCUCAGCUCCUCGGCCACGACCUCGCGCAUCUUGCUGCGACAACAGCUGAUGCGGGAGCAGCUCCAGGAGCAGGAGCGGCGGGAGCAGCGGAGGCAGCAGGCCUCUCAGUACCCACAAACCACAGCUGCACAGACCCCCGCCAUCAAUGUCACCGUCCCCGCCCCGCCCUCUGCACAGGUACCCAUGGAGGUGCUGAAGGUGCAGACUCACCUGGAGAACCCGACUAAGUAUCACAUCCAGCGCUCGCAGCAGCAGCAGGUCAAGCAGUACCUGGGAAAACUUGGCUCGCAGGUGUUGAGCUUGCCCUGUCCCAACCAGUGCUCUGACCACGGGGGCAUGCCGCCAGGGCCGGGCAACAGCGCCCCCAACAGCCCUAUGGCCUUACUCACCCUGAACUCUAACUGCGAGAAAGAGAUGGAUGAUGUCAUCGACGACAUUAUUAGUCUGGAGUCCAGUUACAGUGAUGAUAUCCUUGGCCUUAUGGACCCCGGACUUCAGAUGGCCAACACGAUCCCGGUGCCAGGCAACCUCAUGGACAUGUAUGGAAACCAGGGCAUGUCCCAGCAAGGUCUGCCUAUCAGCAACUCCUGUCCUGCCAACCUGCCCAACAUCAAAAGGGAAUACUCAGUGUCACAAGCGCCGGCUAUCAUGCACAUGCUGGAUAAGUCUGCAACAUGUGGGAAAUUUGACAACUAUCAGAGGCCUGAAGGGUUUCCUGUUGUAGAGGUAAGAGCUCUGGCAAAGGAAAGACAGAAAAAGGACAACCACAACUUGAUUGAGAGAAGACGACGGUUUAACAUCAAUGAUCGAAUUAAGGAACUGGGAACUUUAAUUCCGAAGUCAAAUGACCCAGACAUGCGCUGGAACAAGGGCACCAUCCUCAAGGCGUCUGUGGACUAUAUCAGGAAGCUGCAGCGGGAGCAACAAAGGGCCAAAGAACUGGAGAGCCGUCAGAGGAAGCUUGAAAAUGCCAAUCGGCAUCUUAUGCUAAGGAUACAGGAGUUAGAGAUGCAGGCACGAGCUCACGGCCUGGUGGUCACGUCCUCCACGCUGUGCUCCGCCGACCUCGGGGGCCGCAGCAUCAAGCAGGAGCCCGCUCUGGAGGACUGUCACCCGGAUUUUUACACACUCCGCCCCCGCCUGCAUCACCCGCACCACCCCGACUGCAACCCUGAGGCCCCCGGCACCCUGGACCUCGACGAGGGUCACCCCGAUUUCUCCGACGGCCACUACGGCGUUCACUGCAAGCCGGCCUCCAAACUGAACGACAUCCUCAUGGAAGACAACAUGUCGCCGGUGCAAGGCGGCGACCCGCUGCUCUCGUCAGUCUCCCCGGACGCCUCUAAAGACAGCAGUCGUAAAAGCAGCGUCAGCAUGGAUGAGAACGAUCAAGGCUGUUAGCGCCCUCUACUGGCUGUGGUCAGUGUUUACCUUUUUAAUCUCCUGUGACUUUUUUUCCAAGCUUGAGUUCAAGGACUGAUUUUAAGGCUCUGUUUGCUUUAUCAAACCUUUGAAGACAAGAAGUUACAUAAUGUAUGUAGAGUUUUAUAUGCAAAAGAAAAUAGAGGCUAGAUGAUGUCGAUGAUUCCAAAGGAGAAGUGUUAAAUUGUCUUGUCGAGAAAACAUUUUUGAAAUUGCUAGCAAUAAUAGAAGAAAUAUCAGUUCAUUCGUGCUUUACACUCCUGGUGUCUUAGAACUUGAAGGUGCAGAUAGAUAGAUGCCUUAUAGACACUUUUCAAUCAAUCAAAGUGUAUUUAUAUAGCCCUAACAUGCUCAGUGGCCUUGUGGUUAGAAUGUCCGCCCUAAGAUCGGUAGGUCGUGAGUUCAAACCCCAGCCGAGUCAUACCAAAGACUAUAAAAAUGGGACCCAUUACCUCCCUGCUUGGCACUCACCAUCAAGGGUUGGAAUUGGGGGUUAAAUCACCAAAAUGAUUCUCGGGCGCGGCCACCGCUGCUGCUCACUGCUCCCCUCACCUCCCAGGGGAUGGUCAAGGGUGAUGGGGGCCAUAGGAGUCCCCUUCCUUCUGUACGUGUCGUAGCAAAACACUCCAAAUGUUUCCUGAGCAGCGCACACCCAGAUCAAUACGAGGAAACGGUGAAUCGAUCAAGACAGAAGGAAUAGCAAUGAGUUUAGUUGAAAGUCUUGUGUGGGAUAUCACACACAAAAAGACAUUUAUGGUGCAGAGGGGGGUCACCUUAUUAUGAGGAUGUUGGCCUUUCCUUUUAAAAUCAAUAUCAAAUCACUCUAGUAGUUUCACUUUGUCAUAAAACGUAGUUCAAGUGUGUAGUUAGUCUGUCCAACCGGACUGCACAGCAGGCUUUGCAGCUUAGAACAGUCCCCAGUUUGUUACAAUAGUAUCCAAAAUGCGUGUCCAAAACGUAGCCCGGGGAUCAAUUGUGGCUCGCAGCUUGAGUUUGGUUGGCGCGCAGAAUAUUGUAGAGAUAAAAUCCAAUGAAAAACAACAGUGAAGAGGUCAGAAAAAAGAGCAAAACGACCAUGUCAUGAGAAAAAAGAUGACAUUUUCAAACUAAUAGUUGAUUAUGAUAGGCUUUGUCACCGACAACACAGAGCUGAUGCAAAGUUUUGUCUGUUUCUCGCACUUUUUUCCGAAACAAAAGAAAAUGUUCAAAUGACCCCCGCAUGCUCUAACUGUCGGUAUGCAGCCCUUGGUUCAAAAAGCAACGUUUAGUACAAAAAUUUACCUUUUUCUAGAAAUCGCUUGGGGAUCAACAACAUUGCUAAGAACGGGUUUUCUAAGUGCGGCACAGUAAGAAAAGUCUGCUACUGGAUCAUAUUUUGUGCUCUCUUCCAUUUAUCCAUCCAUUAUCUACCGCUUGUACCUUUUUGGGUCGCGGGGCAGGGUGGUUGGGGGCUGGAGCCUAUCCCAGCUGCACUCGGUCAGAAGGCAAGGUACACCCUGGACAAGUAUAUAAAUAAUAUAUUGAACUAUUUCAUUGUUUGAACACAAAAACAAUCAGUUUAGCUUUUUUUGACAUGCAUUAGGUUGGCUGAAAAAAAAGGUAUUUUCUGCAUUCCCCCAGAGCGUGUUUUAUAGUAAUAUAUGACAAUCAUGACUGUGCAAGUUUGAGAAAUGCUGCUGCACAGCAAGACCAUUGUACAGUAUAUCCCCGUCUAUUUAUGCAUUCAUGACACCACAGAGUCGCCAAUUUAUUUUCUCUGCUUAACCCUCUUUAAUUAUCUUCAAAGCCAAACAGGACAUAAAAUCCAUUUUGGAUGCAUAUGUAAAUAAAUAUAUAUUUUGUUCCUCAAAUUUGUCAAUCAAAUUCAGUCCUAGAUAAAAAAUAUAAAAACAUUUUCUGGGGCCCUUUUGAAGGCCUUUUGAUGAGACAAAAAUAACUCAUGUCAUUUGAUCUAAAGGCCUUCAAAAGGUUAAAAUAAAAUAAAACAUUAAUUGUUUGGUAUUUUUAUUUAGAGCUGGGGGUUUUUGAGAGAUUUGAGCAAAACGAGUAGGAAUCCAAAAUGUUUUAUGCCCCUUUGAAAUAUGAAGGGUUUUAAGAAUUUUUAAAAGUCAGCAUAGAAGAUAGGAAACCUCAUGUCUAGUGGAGUGACACCACACAAAUGAUGGUCAAAAGUAAAGAAAAAGAAAUACUGAAAGGACAAAAAAAGUCAGCUUUUGUCCUCCCAGAGCUUCAAUUGUCAAAACAUUUUUUUUUACAAACCAGAAUAGAACGUGGUUUAACGGCGCUGUGCUGGGGAGAAAAGUAUUGUAGCUACGAAUCCAGCAGAGGGCGCUGUCUCACAAGUCAAUUCUCCCAACAUUUACUAGCAGGAAGAUGUUUUUCCAAGACUUGAUAGCUGCACGUUUUGUUAGUACAAUUUUGUAAUUGUCUCUUAAUAUGUAAAACUAAAUUAAACGAUAAUCUCAAAUGUGUAUUUUUAGGGCUAUUUAUAUCCAUUGAUAUUAUUUUUUUGGCUGUUAUUCGCUAUUUGUGUAUCCUCGGUGCAUAGUGGGGGUCUUACACUGUCAAACUCUAUAAAAGCAAGUCCUCAACUUCUAUUUGUGACAUCAAAAUGUUUUCUAACAGCACAUUUUCACUGUUGGACUGACUCGCCCCGUUAUGCGAACGUUAUUUUAUGAAGGAGUAUAAAGAGACUGUUUGGAUUUUGAUGCAUUAAAAAAAAAAAAAGAAACACUGGAGUGAAGUAUUUAAAUCAAAUCCUAAUUAGUUUUUACUAUUUUUUUGGUAACUCUUUAGUAUGGGGAACAUAUUCACCAUUAAUUAAUUGCUUAUUAAAGUAACAAAGACUUAAUUUAGAGUUAUUUGGACACAAGGGGAACAUAUAAGGGUUAGGGUUACUAAUAAGCAAUAAUUCUGAGUUUUUUGAGGGAAUACUCUUAGUUAAUGGCUUACUGGUUGUAUAAUAAGGCCAUGCAGAAUAAGACAUUAAUAAGUACUUAAUAAUGACUAAUUAAGAGCCAAUAUGUUACUAAGUUGCAUGUUAAUAAGCAACUAAUUAAUGGUGAAUAUGUGUCCCCCAUACUAAAGUGUUACCUUUUUUUUAUCCAUCCAUUGAACAUUACUGUAUUUGUCUUUUCCAACAUACACAAUAUUUGUACAGUACUCAGCAGUCUAAUGAAUGUUGUGUGUUUACUUUAACAUAAACGUGGGUUUUGCAGCUCAGCCUACCAUGUUGGUCUGCAACGUGCUUUUCAAAGUGGAUCUUUUUGCAAUGAUGGAAGUGCCUUUGGUUGUUUCUGGUACACUGCUAAAGUGUACACUGACAUUUUGUUACAGGUUUUUACUGGUGUUUCGCGAAGAAUGUCAAGCUGCUUUAGAAAACGUUUGCAAAAGGUCAAACUAUGGCUUUCAUUAUUUCUAUUUUAUCAGUACGUGUCCUUGAUAAACCAAUGAUGAAUAAUAAUGGACUAAUAUAAUGUACAAACUCUGAAAAAUAGGUUUUAGAAGAACAACUGUUAAUUUAUCACUAAUUAAAACUUUAGCAAUUUUUUUGUUUAAUGUAUAUUUUUUUACAUAUUUUCUUUGGAUAAAACAUUUUUGUAUCGUGUUCUUCCCCCUCAUGUUAAUGUCUCAAUUCUCCCUGGUAACAAAGUCAAAUAUUCCAUGUUUCCACCAUACAGUUCAUCUUAUUUUCCAUUGUAUGUUAUUUAUUUAUUCAGUAUUGAACCUGUUUAUAAUCCCAAAAGCGUACCACUAUUAAGGCACAUAUGUUGGCCUGAAUGUAUCAUUCAAACAGAUGACUGCCAAAAUGUGCCGACAUUUUCUGUGGCUGACUAUUUUAUUAGUUUAUCAGGACAAAUGAUAGUAAUAAAAGUGAAGGACUUGAACAGAAUUGGACAUGUAGUUGUUCUGGUGUUAUAGCAUCUCCUGUAUUCUUCCUGCAUGAUGACUUCUUUAGCACCAAAACAUGUCUCCAUAAAUCUGACAGUUACGACGUCGAGGACUAAAUGAAGUGAAAGUGUGUUAAAAACAAACUCUUGGACUGAAACCGCUUUUUUUUUUUUUUUACAUGAAGCAUUUUGUCAUUGUGUAUGUCACAUUAUGAUGUGAAAUAAAAAGUCAAGGGUGUGUUUGUUUUAGGUGUGGACAUACUUUACCUCACACACUUGACUGUCAACUCAACUCCCUGUGGA